AGCUGACAUGGACGAUGAUGAUGACGCUGGGCUUCUCGAUUUUAUUGGGGACGCUCAGGCAUUGAAUUAUUAUCUACAUGGAUCGGGAAAUAAAUCUGCUGCUGAUGAAUUAACAGAUGCAGAUUUUUUAGCCUCUAAUUCAAACUCCAUUUUUGCCAAUGCUAGUCUUGCUGAUGCUAAAUCAUCUGCUAAAACUGCACACAGCCCAGAGGAAGAGGAAUCCAAAGAUGGAAUGGAAUUGUCUACUAACAUUCAAUACUUUGAAGAUGAUCUUGAACCAUCCCCUAUGCCGGACCUCACUGAGGACAUCCUACAGAAGUCACUGCAGGAGGCCAAUAUCACGGAACAGAUAUUGGCAGAAGAGGCUUACUUGGAUGCCAGCAUAGAAUCUGGCCAACAGUUUCCUAAUGUUCCAUUUCACACUCAUUCAUCAGCAUCGUUUACUCAGGCCAGCACUGACCCUAGUUACUCAGGCCAAACAUUACAUCCCAUAGGAGUGACCCAUGUGCCUGUAGUUCCACAGCAGUUAGGUGCAUCAUUUGCAGGAAACACCGUGGGUGUGCAGCAUGGUUUUAUGCAACAUGUUGGAAUUAUCCCUGGCCAGCAAAUGCCAAAUAGUGGCCAUGGUAGUUCUGGACAGAUCCAUGUAAUCGGCUCCAUUAAUAGCCAAUCUCCAGUUAUGACUAUAAAUAAUCUUGAUGGUUCCCAGAUUAUACUCAAAAGUGGCCAACAAGUACCUCCCAAUGCUAGUGGGGGGCUUGUAAUACAAAGACAGACUCCAAAUGGCAAUGCCGUUUUCGGAAGCCCAAACACAAGUCCAGCAGGACAACCGGUUGUUCCAUUCAGUAGU